CGUCCCGCCCCGCCUCCUGCGCGUCUCGCGGCUGCGCGUCGUGGGGGCGCAACCUCGCUCCGGCGCGGGUUCUGCAGAGCCCCCUUCUCCAGCCCCCCCGCGCCCCCGGCUCUGCAGGGCUGCAGUGGGAUUUCCCUUCGCCUCCGGAUGGGGCUGCUGUUUCGCUUCGCCCACGGGAUGGUCGUAAUUUACUAAUGAAGAAGAAGGGAUCACAUCUUCGAAUCCUCCUCCUCUUGUCUUUUGGAGGGUGGAGUGGGAACAAGUCGUCACGUGACCCAUCCACUCUAUUAUGCCGGAAUGAACCCGAAAGGCUAGUCCGAUGUGGGUAGCUACCCAGGUACCAGCAUCCCUGUUCUCCUGGACUGAACCCUCUGUCUUCUCCGAGGCUUGGGAACCCUGCAGUCUUCUCACCCGGCGAUGGAGCUCUCCAGGCUGGAAUGUCCCAAGCCCCUGGGCAGGGUACGCGUCUUGGCUGCCAGCCUCACGGGGUUGCUUCUAAUCCAGGCCGUAUCCUGGGCAUCAGGUGCCCGCCCCUGCAUCCCGAAAAGCUUUGGCUACAGCUCAGUGGUCUGUGUCUGCAAUGCCACGUACUGCGACUCCCUUGAUCCCCUGACCCUGCCUGCCCCUGGCACCUUCAGCCGCUAUGAGAGCACACGCAGCGGGCGCCGGAUGGAGCUGAGUCGGGGGACCAUGCAGACCAACUGGACGGGCACAGGGCUGCUACUGACCCUGCAGCCAGAGCAGAAGUUCCAGAAAAUGAAGGGAUUUGGAGGGGCCAUGACAGAUGCUGCUGCUCUCAACAUCCUGGCCCUGUCACCCGCUGCCCGGAAUUUGCUACUCAAGUCGUACUUCUCUGAAGAAGGAAUCGAAUACAACAUCAUCAGGGUACCCAUGGCCAGCUGUGACUUCUCCAUCCGCACCUACACCUACGCCGACACCCCUGAUGACUUCCAGUUGCACAACUUCAGCCUCCCAGAGGAAGAUGUCAAGCUCAAGAUACCCCUGAUUCACCAAGCCCUGGAGAUGGCCAAGCGCCAUGUCUCACUCUUCGCCAGUCCCUGGACAUCACCCACUUGGCUCAAGACCAACGGGGCAGUGAAUGGGAAAGGGUCAAUCAAGGGUCAGCCGGGGGACCUCUACCACCAGACCUGGGCCAGAUACUAUGUCAAGUUCCUGGACGCCUACGCUGAGCACAAGUUAAAGUUCUGGGCAGUGACAUCCGGGAACGAGCCUUCUGCUGGGCUGCUUAGCGGGUACCCCUUCCAGUGCCUGGGCUUCACCCCGGAACACCAGCGAGACUUUAUCGCUCGUGACCUGGGCCCCACCCUCGCCAACAGUACGCACCGCAAUGUCCGUCUGAUCAUGCUGGACGACCAGCGCUUGCUGCUGCCCCGCUGGGCCCAGGUGGUGCUGGCGAACCCAGAGGCCGCUAAGUACAUUCAUGGCAUCGCUGUACAUUGGUACCUGGACUUUCUGGCUCCGGCAAAAGCCACCCUCGGGGAGACACACCGACUGUUCCCCGACACAAUGCUCUUUGCCUCGGAGGCCUGCGUGGGCUCCAAGUUCUGGGAGCAGAGUGUGCGGCUUGGCUCCUGGGACCGGGGGAUGCAGUACAGUCACAGCAUCAUCACGAACCUUCUCUACCAUGUGGUUGGCUGGACCGACUGGAACCUCGCCCUGAACCCCGAAGGGGGACCCAACUGGGUGCGCAACUUCGUCGACAGCCCUAUCAUCGUGGACAUCGCCCAAGACACAUUUUACAAACAGCCCAUGUUCUACCACCUUGGCCACUUCAGCAAGUUCAUUCCUGAGGGCUCCCAACGAGUGGGGCUAGUUGCCAGCGAGAAGAACGACUUGGAGACAGUGGCGCUCAUGCAUCCGGACGGCUCUGCAGUUGUGGUCGUGCUAAACCGCUCCUCUAAGGAUGUGCCUCUCACCAUCAAGGACCCUGCGGUGGGAUUCCUGGAGACUCUCUCACCUGCCUACUCCAUUCACACCUAUCUGUGGCGUCGCCAGUGAUGGUACAGAUGCCCAAGCAGGCGCCUGGGCUCGACACGGGCAUUAAACGGGACAGAGUCAGCUCGCAUGCUGUCUGUGGCUAAAGCGGGUACAGCAGGGCUGGGGUGAGCUGGUGACGCAACCCAGGAGCAGUGGUUUGGGUGACUCACUCUCCCCUUUAGCUGGUGCCAGGGGCUGGAGGCCCCUCGGGAAAGGCUUGGGGAGGCCCAGUGGCCCCCCCCUCACCCCCAGGCUGUGUGAGUGUGUGCUCUGUGCUGGUUGCCUGUGGAAACUGGGCCCAGGCCCAGGGUGAGCUCACUGUACAAACACAAGAUGGGAGUGGGGGGAGGGUAAGGGAAGGAAGGGAUGAGGCAGGCUGGACCCAGAACCGAGGACUGUUUGUCUUUCCUGGAGGUGCAGAGCUGGGCCCUUGCACGAGCCAUGUCAGCAGCAGGGCACAGGCAGCUAAGAAGCCAGGCAUCGUGGGAGGGCUCAGGCACCCACACGGCCCCUCAGCACCAGCGGGGGAAAACAGCGGCCCCCUAAAGGACAGAAUGUCUGAUCCCA